AUGUCGAGGCCGAACGACGCUUCUGUGAGGUACAUACCACCUCAGUACCAAAAUUAUAACUACAACGAGCAGCUGUCACGAUCACGGUCUCGAUCGCCACCUUCACGAUCGCGAAGAGACUCCAGAGUGAGCUUCGAACCCACUCCGGUGAAAGAACCGAAGGCAUGGUACAAGAAAAAGACGCUUUGGGCAUCUCUGGCCAGCGUUGCAUCAAUUGCCGCCCUAGUGCCCAUCGCCUACUCCGCUCAUGGCAGUUUGAGCUCAGCAAAGGGCUCGAAUCGCAGUGCCGACGCCUCCCAUCGAGCGGCCGAUGCCGUAGAGAAGUCUUCUAAGGCGGCUAUCAGGAGUGCCGAUGCUGCUGAGCACAGUGCAGAAGCUUCCGAGAAGGCUGCCGUUGCUGCGCUACGAAGUGCAAGUGCGGUGGAGAAGUCCUCAAAAGCUACCGUCCUUACUGCCAUGGCUAAUGGCCACAUGGACGCCGAAGGAAACUACAUUCCGCCAGCCAAGCCGAAGGCCAUCCAAGCGCCCAUCCGAGAUCAGAGGUUGUUGGAUUAUGAGCCAUUGAGGAAGGUAUUCAAUGCGGCAGAUAUGGUGACGGGGCACGCAAAGGCGCGGUGA